UUAAAAUAUUUUUUGGUGGCGUAAGAAUAGAUUUUUUGGUGGCAAGAGGUCAAAAAUUGUUUAGACAAAACAUGGGACGAUAAUGCGUAUAACGGCAGUGCAGUGCAUAUGCCGAACUACUAUGACCACAUUGUUCCUAGGCGUGCUUCUCUUUCUGUUUGCUCAUCACUCUUUUUUUACACACAACACUUUCUUGAGGGGAGCUGGCGAGCGACUCUCUUACUUUCGGGUCAAUUCAUGCGUGUGGUGUGGUGGAUGGCUGGAGAGCCUCCUCAUAUGGCACCUUUUUUCCUGCUUUCGUGCAUUCAUUUUCGGGGGAACUUCCGAUGAUGGGACGACACAAAUGACGAUCACAACGAAUCAAACGGGCAGCGAACGAAGGUGGUUAAAUGGACGAGGGUUUGGUCAGUCGGUAGGGCCGUUUAGUUCAAGUUCUCUAGUUGGUUGAUCGAUGUGUGUGUACGUUGCUCCUAUCAAUGGCUUCGAGUGGGAAUCUGGUGCUGAUUCUGGUGUUCCUGGCGGUCGGAAGUUAUUGGAUGGCUAUACUUCCGGUCACAUCCGGAGGAAUAUUUCAAACGUAUGGAGAACGCUGGAUUAACCGUUUGAAAAUGGAUGCACGAGAGAAUGAGAUAGCUACUAGGAAUGGGAAUGACUCCGACAUAGGGGUGCAGGAAAAUGGAGAUUGGAAGGCGCCUUCGGUGAAUUUAGGGUGGUGGACGUGGUUGACAAAUGUAUUUCGAUUACCGAUUGUUAGCGUGUUUGCAUAUCGGGGGGAGCCGACCAAUUGCCCAAUUUGCUCAUGCGGAAUCAACAACAACAAUUCCCGCAUAGUUGGCGGAACCAAUGCCAAGGAAGGCAAGUAUCCAUGGAUGGUAGCCCUCUACUACAACAACCGCUUCAUCUGCGGAGGAUCUCUGAUCAAUGAUCGAUACGUUCUGACGGCAGCUCACUGUGUUUUCAACGCCGAUCGAAGUCUGUUUUCGGUAAAGUUUCUGCUGUAUGACCGUGGUCGUCCCGUUCCGGAAUCGUUCGAACGUCGUGUUUCUUACAUUAUGACCAAUUGGUUUGUCAACGCAGUAGUUUUCAUUAUGAAUGAUUUGGCGUUGCUGAAGCUGAACGAAACGGUCCCGAUAAAUGACCAUCUGUAUCCGGUUUGUAUGCCCGUGGAAGAAGAAACCUAUGCUGGAUUCGAUGGUAUAAUCACCGGAUGGGGUAAGUUGGGGAACUACAGUUUUCCCAGGAAACUGCAGGAAGUGACUGUCCCGAUCCUGUCCAGCGAUGAGUGCCGCAACCAAAGUGAUUAUUACAAGUUCCAAAUCAACGAUCGGGUGCUGUGUGCAGGAUUCCCCGAAGGUGGUAAAGAUUCCUGCCAAGGAGACAGUGGAGGACCCAUGCAUAUUACGGAUCCCGUUACGGACAAAUACGUCCUGGCUGGAGUGGUUUCCUACGGCUAUGGGUGUGCGAAGCCAAAGUAUCCGGGAAUAUAUGCGAGAGUAAGCCGUUUCCUCUCGUGGAUCAAUUUCAACACUCGAGAUGCCUGCUGGUGUAGUUGACCGAUUAUGAUUUGAAUAAAUAAACAUUUGAACGAA